UUUUUUUUCCACCCUUCAAACAAAAUGAAUAACUAUCUCGCUCGCACAAACGCACCACUUGCAAUAGCAUUAGUGCUUUUUUUCUUUUUUUUUUGUUGAUUAGUGGAAGUCCGCGAUUUUUCAAGCGUUGCUUUUUGCCGAUUAUUUUUGCGGAAACCGGAAUCAAUCAGAAUUUCUUUAGAUUUAGUUUCCUAUCAGUGUAAAAUAGAAAUUCAGGAAAUACUGUUAUUAUUCGUAAAAAAGGCGCUAGAGUAUUUUUGUUAAUUUUAUGACAGUGAAGAAUUAUGUUGUAAUAUAUAGAUAACGUGUGCAAGUAAUAUCGAUAAAUUCUGUACAAUGAAAAUUACUAAAAAUUAAACAAGAAAUAAAAUUAACGAAUAUGAAAAAUAAGCCAUGCCUAUCACCAGGUCGCGCAGUAAAAUAGAAUUAAUUAGAGGGGAUAUUAGAGAAAACGAUACUAAAACUAUUAAACUCCAAAAGAAGAGAGCUGCUUCAGAAUUGGGGCAUCAAUUGAAGGAAAUUACGAAUAAAAACGAAAUGAAUGAAGCUGCAAAAAUUGUGUCUGCUGAAACUACUAAAAAUGAAGGGAAAUAUAAACGAGAAACUGCCGAACCAAUGAAUAUCGACGCAGAUGUUAGCCCUCCAAAAACCCAAAAACUUACCGAAGAAGAAAGUAACGAGAAAGAAGCAAUAAAAAUAAAUAACAAAUCUUUAGCGCAAAUUAGUGGCAAUAAAUGUUUAGAGGGAUCGUCGAAAUACGAAAAUAAACGUAAAUCUCCAAAAGUUAAAAGUAUAUCUUUGAAAGCUCAAAAUAAUAUAUCAAGUAAAGCGGAAGCGGCAAAUCCUAUCACUUCAACUAAUAAUUUACCCGAACAAUUAUUGUCGGUAAUAUCGAAUUUGUAUUUAAAUGUCGCGCAGCGUUUGCAUUUGGACUUCACACCUCGUUGUCUAGAUGAUUUAGCUCAUUGUCAUCGUCAUCAUUAUCGUUCCGAUUCGCCGGAGAUGCCAUCACGUAAUCAGGCCCAAGGCUUGCGUACAGCUUUCGAACAGCUUCGUUACGUUACGUCAAUUAACUUAACCACCGACAUGUGUUUGCGUGGAGAGUUUCCUGGCGCCGCAAUUUUUAAAAAACUUCUCGAAUUGAUUUUAAGCAUUAAUUACACGUCUAAACAACAACCAAACAUAACUUCGCAGCAAUGUUAUAACAAAUACAUUGAAUUAUUCUUAAUGAUUGUUCGUACUUUUCCACCUUGCUGGCAUAAAAUGAGAAGCUAUUAUAUAGAUUUUUUGGACCGCGGCCUCGAUACUAGCAAAUUAUCAUCGAACAAGGAGACACUACCUAGCAAAUCUUCAAAAGUUUGCGAUAUACUUUUGGAUUUGCUAGAAGAUUUGCUGAAAAAAUGUCCACAAUCUGAUCUUUCAUUUCCGGGAAGCGACUCUUUAAAUAUACCAACAUUUAUGGACGCGAAUGGCGGACCUAAUUCAUCUAGUGAUAUAAGCUUUUCGUCGGAAUGUUGGAAUCAAAAUCAAUAUGAAGAGCAUGAACGUCAGCUGCAAACAAAUAUUGCACUAACAUUAGUUCAGCGUUUGGAGCGCAUCUUUGUUGCAUUACGUUUAAUAUUGCACACUCUGGAAUACGAUUUAGCUAUGUGGGUGCUGCAUCACAAUAAAAAUACCAAGGACUGGAUAUGUUCGGAAAAUCGUCCAUUAAUAGUAGUAAUGUGCGAGUUGACACAAUUCACACGUAUGACCAGAAUGGCUAGACGUAUCUUUACUGUUUUCAGUGAAGCCGUUGCUAAGGGCUUGUGUAAAUCUAGACUGCAAGUGUUGGAGCGUUACAUUUCUUUGCUUAUGGUUGCCAGUAAUACCAUGGAUAUGGAAAAUACAGCCAUCGGUGUUAAAUAUCCCGUGUUAGGUGAAAAAACGAAGGAUUUAAUAAAAGAUUUUUUUGAAAUUUUCAAAGAACAUAAUCGUGAAGACAUCACUAAAUACAUGGAAAAUAUUGAAUUGCUGCACAUUCCGUUUGUGCGUUACGAAUUUAUUGACAGUGUUUUGUUUACUAAUUCGGAACCAUUAACACCGCAAAAGAUUGCCCUCGAUAUGGCAAAGAAACGUUGGUUACAGCAUAAGAUUUUUGCUGAACUUGAAAAACCCAGUGAAGACAUAUCCCGCGAACAAUACUUGCAUUUACUUUUGAAUGCUUUGCGCAGCUACUGUGACUGGCAUGGUCUAAAAACGUUUUGGGAUAUUGUCACAAAAUCUGUGAAAAUAACGCCUCUCACCACAACUAAUGAUUCUGUACAUCGUUGGCCGACUCAUGGAUCAGGAGUAUUAUUGUUAAAAAAGAUGGCUAAGGAUGUGAAGCAAUUGGAGACGAAACUUAUAAUGACUGUACGAAUGUGUAAACCCAAAGUUGAUUUACCUCUAGCCGAUAUUUGUAUAGACGAAACAAUUAUUCGUAAAUAUCGACAAGAUUUAAAGUUUGUAGUUGGCCUACAUAAUGUUAUACUAAAACAAAAGCAGGAAUAUCCUGAAGUCGAUUUCAGUGAAUGGUUACAUUUUCUAAACGAUUUCAUUCCGGAAAGAGGCACGGCGUCGUAAUUUUCUUUUUUUUUUCUUUUUUUUUUUUUAUUCCAUAAUAUUCAGUGCAUAUUUGUACACCAAUGUCAGCAUAUAAGGUACACAGUUCUUUAUUUAUUUUAAUUUGGUGGGCGAGCAACUUGCUAUAUAUCUCUUGGAUAUCUAAUACACUCGUUUUGACCCAAAAAAGUCUUUACUCUCUGGGCUUCAACCAACUUUGAAUUUGACAUAUUUUGGCAGCUAUGAGGUGUUAAUUUAUUAUUUAUUCUCAUAAUAAAACAAAAAAAAAAAAAAAAAUGAAUUCCUUCUAUUUGAAGAUACGAAAUUUUAUUUAACAGCACCAGUUGUUUAAUGAUCUCUGAACGAAAUUUAAUAACUGUAAUCCAAGCUGUUCGGAAGCUGGUCACAAUGUGUGUGAUAUAAUAUCUCGUUGCGAAAGCAUUCUUAAAACGAAGGUUACAGAGACGGACGUCUCAAAAUUGGUAUUCGAUCAGAACACGGAAAGUAUAUAGGAAAUGUAGGUUAAUAUGCUUGAAUCGAUUCAAAAUUUUUCACUGAUCGCGAAUAUAUUUGCUUCACGGGAUCUCCGAAUAUGAUCAAUCACUCAGGAGAUUGUCCUCUAUUUGUCUUACACGAUUCCUGGGAGAACGGAGAGAGGGGAGAGAAGGAAAAAAGGCAGGUGGUAGUCCAAACGAGAUAGGUGUUACGCCUUUAUCCAGGACUAAAGACAAUUCUACCGCCCUUGAAACAUGAACCCGCGAAUACUGACUUGAUAAUCGCGAUUCUUACCUACUCGUCUAUUCAGAUGUGUAUAAAGCUCCAAGGCUUGGCUUAAGGGCCUCUUACACACGUUAAGGAAAAUGUUGAAUGUACCCCGAAUUCUUCCCUAUUCGGUAUAAGAAGGGCCAUUACAUUGUUUCGAUGUACGGUCAGCAAAAUUCGAAUUAAUUCAUAAUAGAUAAAGAAAGAAGAGGAUUAAAAGAAAAAGAAACUUUCUAUAACAAUAAUCUACUUAGCAAAUAAUUUGAUAAACCUUUGAAAUUUCCUUUUUUAGAAAAUAAGUUCUUAUAAUUGAUUCAUUUUUUAUUAUAUCGCUUAAAU